AUGGAGACGGAGGGUCCAUCGUCGUCGCCCGCGCCGGAGCCCGCGCGCGAUGGCGAUGCGCCCACGUCCGAGACGACGCGCGAGGACCUCGAGCGGAGGUUGAGGCUGAGCGAGUCCGUCGCGCUCGAGCUGGAGCGCGCGCUCGAGGGAAAGUGCCGAUCGCUGGACGAGUCGACGCGGGCGGCGGAAUCGCUGCGACGCGAGCUGCGAGCGGCGCGCGCGGCGAACGAAGCGGACGGAUCCGUUCCCGCGGCGGCGAUGGACGCGGCGCGCGCGGAGAUCGAGCGGCUGCGCGCGGCGCUGGUGGACGGCGAACGCGAGCGAGCCGCGCUCAAGUCUCUCGCGUCCAAGGCGAUGAAGGGUGCCGAAGGAGGACGAGACGGGGGCGACGAACGCGACGCGAUGAUGAACGGCGACGACCACGACGCGCGUCUCCGCGCGGCCGUCGCGGAGGAGCGACUCGCCAUGGCGGAACGAGCGCUCGCGGAGUGGCGGGAGUACGCAUCCGCGCUCGGGGAACGAUGCGCCGUCGCCGAAGCCGCCGCCGCCGACGCGCUCCGCGACGCUCGGUCCGCCUCGAUUCGCGCGAAAACGGAGACGCGCGCCGAGGCGCUCGCGUCCGCCGCGGGCGCGCGAGUGACGCGUCACGAAAACCCUCGCGAUGAUGGGGCCCGCGCGGAGGACGGGGGUGAACCCGUUCCUCCCCCGGUCCCGGCGCAAACCCGCCCGCCGCCGCCUCCGCCGCCUCCGCCGCCGCCGCCCCCGUACGCGUCUGAGCCGAGCAGGGUGGCGUUUCAGCGCGCGAGGAUCGCAAACGGCGAACUCGCCGCGGCGCUCGCGGCGGCUCGAAGCGUCGCUCGCGCCGCGGAGGAGGCGUCGACGAGAGCGGCGUCGGCGCUCACGAGGGCAUCGUCGCUGCACGCGCGCGUCGACGACGGGAUGGGGGGCGCGCGGGGAGGGCCAAAAGCGCGGGUCGGGAAGGACGUCGCGGUUAACCUUUCUCCGUCGGUUCAACUUCCCUCGGUUGCGGAGUGGGCCGCGGCGGCGGCGGGACGGACGGCGUCCGGGGAGGCGUUCGAGGCGAGGGACGGGGAUUGGGAUCGCGGGGGUGCGAUGCGAGUGGACUGGGCGAAAGCGGCGGCGGACGCCGGCGAAGAAGGGAAGGAGGAGGGCGACGAAGGGAAGGAGGAGGGCGACGAAGGGAAGGAGGAGGGCGACAAAGGGAAGGAUGAGGGCGACGAAGGGAAGGAGGAGGGCGACGAAGGGAAGGCGACCGGGAAGGAUGGCGGGGACGGGGUCGACUGGGUGGCGAAGGCGGCGGAGUCCCGGCGCGCGUGGGCCGAGCGUCGCGCGCGAGGAGACAUCGACCCGACGCUCGAGAAGAUCGCGAGCGAGUACUGA